UUUGUUGGGGACGUUAAGUCGGUUUUGGGGGAACCAAGGGAGGCUCGCCAGAUCGCAGCUCCUGGCUGGCCGGGGGGGUGUCUUUUUUCUGCUUCCCCCCACCUCACAAGCUGGAUCAGGCCGCGAUGGAAGCGGUGUCCGCCUACAGCAUGGACAAGCAAUUCGCCCCCAACCCGGUCCGGAUCUUGGAGCCUGCAGACAACCCUCAGGCGCGCAAGAAUUUCAGCGUUAGUCACCUCUUGGAUCUGGAGGAAGCGGCCGUCGGCAUGAACGGGACGCCCCAGGACGCCGGCUCCGAGGCUCGGGAAGGCGGCAAGGGGGCUUUCGACCCCUCCGGGGGCAGCAGCGGCAGCGAAGGAGGAGGAGGAGGAGGAGGCGCGCUGCGGGAAG